UCAAUUUCCAGACGAGUGUUUUCAUAUUUCACAUUUUUUGGCUGAAAGAGAGGAAGCAUGGUGUGAGGUCAUGACUCGCUUUGUUGCUAGGAAGUAACGUAUUAAUUUUGUAUCACGUAACGUUGCCAUAGUGACAGUCUUCUCAAAUACACAGUGGGGCCCAUUGUUAGCACUAAAAAGUGUGCAAGAUCAAAAAAAAGAAAAGAAAAAAAAAUGGAGGAAAUAAGGUUUCAAGAGGCCCCUUUCAGAACCCAAUCAGCCAGGUGUGAUGUUCCUGGAGUCCAUCCUGCAAACAGGAGAGUAGGAACCUACACUCAGAUCCCCCACUGCAAGAGAAUGAUAAGUGACUUGAAAACCAGGAUUGGUCCAGGCACAUACAAGAUCACCAGUUUCACUGAGGAACUGGAAAAGAAACCUGGCAGCUUGAGAGGAAUCUGUGAGACUAGAGAGAAGCGUUUUAAAGACUGCCAGAGCUUUACCCCAGGACCAGGUACUUACGGUAAAGGGGGAAUCCCUUCAGCAGCUCUGGAGGAGAAGGAGAGAAUGUCUGUGGGGAUCUGUCCCUCCAUGGGCCAUGCCAAUCAGCAUCGCUUUGAUACAAACACUAUGGGCAGUGGCUUAGGUCCAGGGAUAUACAAUCUGAAAAGCUCCACUGAGCUGAUAUUGAGUCGCAGAGUCAGUAAAAGAGGCCCAUAUGACCUGUCCACUGGUAAUGGAAACUUCUUCACUGCCACUAAAUGGGUGGGUCCAGACCCAGGCAAGUACCCCAAAGAGUUGCCCAAGUUUGGCGAGGAGCUGCAGAAGCCUGAGAAGAAGAAGCACGGGGUGUUUGGAAGUAGGGAAAAAUACCCUGCUAUCCCUACUGAGAGAAUCUACCUAUCAACCUUGUCUCAGUGCCCACGGACUGCAACAUCUCCCGGCCCAGGCUGGUACAAUAUUACUCCCAUGACUCUCAAGUAUCGAUCGGGAAGUGGUAAACAAGCCCCCUUCCUCUCCACUGCCCCACGGAUGAGCAAGAGGACAGAGAAGCUGAAGAAUAAAAACCAUAAUCCAAUUGGGCCUGGUCGUUACAACAUUGCAGAGUUGAGUCAGAACAAGAACAAAAAUUGCCAUAGAUCAUCAUUUAUAUCUGGCACCCAGCGCUACCCACACAGCCCCAAAAGAGACAAGUUCAUCCAGGAGAGACUCAGGCCUAUCAAUGUUCCUUUGGACAGGAGAUCGUUUCUCUUGCAACCAGAGGGUCCCUUCAAAUGAGCAAGAAGUCCAAGGCUGUUGAGCUUAAAGAGCCAGUAUUUUAGCUUUUAAUUGCAUUCAUUUCUACUGCACGAUAUAUCAGCAUGCUUUUGCCAUUUGCAUGGUCCAUGAAC